UUAAUCAAUUGUUUCCAAGUUUUACAACUAUAGAUAGAGGUUUAAUUAAAUUAUCAGUCAUUUAUACUUGGCAAUCAAUCUAUAAAAUAUUAUUAACUGAGGGUGAAAAAUUUGUUUUAUAUUUUUCAGAAACUAACCAAGGUCAAGCUAUUUUCGCAGUAGUCUCAAAUUUAGGUUCAUUAAUAGUUAGAUUUUUAUUUUUGCCAAUAGAAGAAACCUGUUUUUUAAUGUUCCCAAAAUUAUUCAACUCUAAUAAUAAUAAUAAUAAUAAUAAUAAUAAUAAUAAUAAUAAUAAUGGUAGCAGUAAUAGCAAUAAUAAUUAUAAAGUAGGUGCAGGUGUUUUAAUUGUAAUGAUGAAAUUUUUAAUAUUGGUAGCAUUGGUUUUCACAUGUUUUGGUCCAGGGUUUUCAGAUUUAUUAUUAAAUUUAUUAUAUAAAAACAAAUUUAAAGAUUCAAAUGCAGGUGUAUUAUUGGGAUUUUAUUGCUUAUACGUUGGAUUUUUAGCAGUUAAUGGGGUAUCAGAAGCUUUUGUUCACAGUGUUGCAAAAGAAAGUCAAUUAAAAAUUGUAAAUUUAGUUUUGGUUGUAAUUGGUGUCAUUUAUUUAUUAUUUACAUUACUUUUAUGUAAAUUAUUCCAAAAUAUUGGUAUUAUUUUAGCAAAUUGUCUAAAUAUGUUAUUAAGAAUUAUUUAUAGUAUAUAUUUUAUGAAAAUAUUCUUUAAAGAUUAUAAAGACAUAAAGUUAUUUGAUAUGGUACCAAAUAAACUAGUUUUAGUUUCAUUCGUAUUAUCAUUUAUAAUUACAAAUUUAUCAAACAAAUAUAUCUAUUCAGCAGACAGUAUUAAAUCAUCAUUGGUCCAUAUUGCAGUGGGUGUAGUUUGCUUAGCACAAACUUGUUUCUUUAUUUAUUUAAAGGAAUGGAGUUCAAUUAAAGAGUUUAAAAAAAUUUUAUCAAAUAAAAACAAAUAA